AUGAUUAAGGCGGUUAUUCAAUUUAUUCCCACUUAUUCGAUGAGUGUGUUUUGGUUACCAAUUGGCUUAAUCAAGGAUAUUGAGACGAUGAUCCGAAAAUUUUGGUGGGGAAACCAAGAUAAUACAAGAAGAAUGCAGUGGGUGAAGUGGAGUACUUUAUGCUCUCCAAAGUCCCUUGGGGGUAUGGGAUUCCGUGAUCUCCGACUAUUUAAUGAUGCACUUCUUGGUAAACAGGUUUGGAGACUUUACCAUGAUAAGGACACGUUACUGUACAAAGUAUUUAAACCGACAUAUUUUCCAGUGGGGAGUAUCUUGGAUGCUGAGUUCAACCCGCGAAGUUCCUUUGCUUGGAAAAGUAUCUUACAGGCUAGGGAGGUUAUAUGCAAGGGAGCACGGUGGAGAAUAGGAGAUGGUUCAGGGAUCAACAUAUGGAAGCACCGUUGGCUGGAGUCUUCAGGGGGAGGCCAGAUUGUGUCUCCUCAACGUGAUCCUUCUCUGAUCAUAGUAAAGGAUCUCUUCAUCCCUGACACAAGAGUUUGGAACAAGGAGAUCAUUGAACAAAAUUUCUUACCAUGGGAAGCUGAGAGCAUUCAAGGAAUUCCUGUCAGCCUUUAUUCGAUGGAGGACUUGCUUAUAUGGCCAAACACCACGGAUGGAAACUACACUGUUAAAAGUGCAUAUUAG